AACAGGUAGUACUACCUGUGUGGAACUCGAUGAGAAAACAAACGAACGACUGCAGCGACUGACCUUUCUUCACACUGGCAAUAAUUGUUUUAAUUUCGUGGUAUUCGCGAGAACAAAAGCGUUCCGGAUCUGUUUUGUAUGUUUUAACGUUUUCUGGUAAAAUGUUUUUUUGAAAAUUGGUUCUUCGGGGAUGGUUUAUGAUCAGUGAAUGAAGGAUUCUUCGGGAGGGAAAGUAGCUAAAACAGGAAGUGACGGUUUUCGUUUUGUAAUAUAUAACUGAUUUUGCAAUGGUUCUGAUUGCAGCCCUUCAGCUAAUAAGGUAAUCAAAUUAGAACGAUGGAAUGCGCCAACAACAAAGUUCGUACAAUUUGUGAAGACAAAUUCAUGAGAAAGCUAACCCUGCCAUCAAUAUGUAACGAACCCAGAAAAAGUAUCCAGAAAGAAAAGAAAAAAAGUUUUAAAUACAUGUUCAGCAAAAUCCGACUGAAAAAAUGCGUUUCCGCCACUAUAUCGAAGCCGUUUCCCACUUACCAUGUGGCGUACUUGGGCAACGUCAUUACUGGAUGGGCCAAAGGUGAAGGUUGUAUAGAAAAACCACUGACAACGUUAUGGCGUAACUACAUUAAGUCUUCGGGACCGGAUGUGUCCAUGACACUGACCGUUUGUGGAGGAGGGUUAAAGGCGGUCACAAAAAAUCAUGGACUAACUGAAUAUUGGGCUCAUCGACUUACCACCUGUGAAGCACCUGCGGGGUUUCCAAGGUUAUUUUGCUGGGUUUAUAGACAUGAAGGUCGUAGAUUAAAGCACGAACUUCGUUGCCACGCAGCUCUAUGCUCCUCAUCAGAAAUGGCAGCACAGAUCGCAAAGAAUCUCAAGGAAUAUCUGACGCAAGCCCUUAUCGAAUACAAAAAGGAGAAAAUCUCUCGACAGAAUGCUCGACUUAGUUUAGUAAAUCUUGUGACCGAUGUUCAGAGUUUGCCUCAGAAAAAGCCCGCUAGUGCAAACGCUAAGUUUUACAAUUAUAGGCCACCCCUAGAAUGUUCCAAAUCAGCUCCAAAACUGUCCAGUAUAGAAGAAAUCUUAGGCGAGGAAGAAAUACCUAACGAACUUUUGACAAAAAAUCAGCAGAUGUAUCGUAAUAUUCUAAAGACAUACGAGAGAGAAAAUGUAGCUUUGAGUGAUAAGUAUUCGUUAAUAAAAACCUCAACUAAUAUCACCACCGAAGAGACUCCUAAAGCACCAAAGAAAUCUGAUAAUGUAGACUUUAAAAUUGGAGGACAAGUACAUCCAUCGACGCUCUCAAAUGUAGAGCAUCAGUUCAGUACACCAAUACUCAGCAAAGGUUUUAUAGAGCAGGAGCAAGUUUCAUUAGUUCCAGUAGGAGAAGCUUCAUUAUCCGACUUUAGCUCCUUAAAGGUUUUUAAGAAAAAGAAUGGGGAAUGUGGUAAUAAUUCUGUGGGGUAUAAUUUUUACAAUGAAACUGUUAGUCAAUUAGAUAGUAUUUUUCAAGCACACUGCUCGUUUGAGGGGGUAGAAGAAGAAACUGUGGCAUAGGUUAAUAUUUCUGGUGCGCUCUACAGCCAUCUUAUUGAUGUAAGCUUUAAUAGAACCUCAUUGUCAUCAUUAAAGUUUACUGGUGAUAUAUUUUUAUGUAUUUAUAAAGUAAUGAUUUUUAUUGUAUGUAAUGAUACUGAUAUAAAAAAUAAUUUACUGUUUAAAAAAAAAACUAGAAUAAGUAAUAGGUAAUUCGAUCUGAACAACUUAGGUAUAGGCAGAUGUGAUGGAUGUAUUAGAUAAACGUUAAUGUACUAUAAUUGCUGGAGUAUUUUACAUAUUUUGUUAGACUGAAAUUAUUUGGUACAUCACAGUGUAUAGGAUAUAAGGAACAGGACUCUGAACCUAUUUUACCAAUUUUAUAAUAAUUAUGUCGUCACGUGUAUUAAUUAGGUGAUUUUAUUCAUGUUGGAGAUGUCAGAAUUUAUUUUAUAAAUAAAUCGACUAUUUGUUUGGAAAAA